GGCACUUAGGGGUAGUCAUCAUAUGGAUUUUAUAUGUGUAGAUUUUAUUUUCCCAUCUAUCCGAUAAAUCAUAGUUUAAUUUAUAAAGUUAAAAAUUAUAUAAAGCAUGCCUUUCUGAAUUUAUGCUUAAACAUAAAAUUUAAAUAUAUUUUGUAUAAAUAUGCCAACUUUUAUUCGUGAAGGCAAGAUAGAUGCAGUACAUACUCGUAGAUAGCUCGAGACUCAUGAGCCAAUGACGGUUCUCGAAUUAGCUCGACGCAUUAAUCAAAGUCCCUGGCAUUAUUGACGGCAUCAGAAGUGCCAACGAAUGUAGAUAACGUACUUUGUUUUUCAUCGUGUCGCAACGACCUGGGUCGAGGCCAGCGGCUACCAAACCGUAUGGGGUCGGGGCACGCGACGUGGACCUACGCGGAAGACGAGUCCGCUGUCGCAACAGGGAUCGACGUGGCCGCAGGGGCUAUUUACAAGGCUCUAAUCCCACUUUGAUUCCUUGGCCGGUGGGGAAUGUCAGUGCGACGACGCCGCAAAUAGAUUUUUGGCACAGUCGUAACAAUUGAGGUGUUCGAUAGUUGAGAUAAGGUGCGGUAGGGUGCGCGCGUGGCGGGGAGGCGACAGUCGCUGCUCAGUUCCCGCGCGCGCGACGCGACGUUCCGCCAGCUGUUCGUGUAUCCAUCAUGUGUUCAGUGAGUGACAGUGACCAGUGAAAACAGUUGGGAUAUUGUUGCUGUAUGUAUUGUCUUGGCUGAGUAGCACUUAACGAAAAGGAACCUAUUUAUUUUUGUUGUAUAAAUGUGACAACUGGGAUUUGAAUUAGUAUUAAAAACCUUUUUUAAACCAUCUAAACUUUGAAGAAAAGUACUCUGUUAAAAUACUUUUCAUGGUGCUUUUUAUUUUUAUUAAUUUAUUUUUUAAAUAAUCUGCCAACAUGUCUACAUUUUGCCGCAUCACCGGGAAGAGUAGGGGACUCCCAAAGCCAAACUAUUUCCCACUACUUCCGCCCAUUUCUCCGGCCGACGCUAAACGUUUUUGUAGAAUUACCGGAAAAUCUUAUGGACUCCCUGCACAUCAUUAUAUUCCAGUCUUAGUCAGUACCAAACCGAAGAAAAAGGCGGCCCAGCCACCCAUCCCUCUUAUAGGCCAAGAGAACGGUAUUCCCGAGAAAAACCACGUACUUGUCGCAGAUUACAGAUAUGUCUUCCCUGUCUGCGAGGAUUCUGCAGAUCUCGUACAGCUUUUGGACAGUAAGAAUAUUGAGAGCAAAGCACAUUACAUCUACAAGGUCGCGGAGAGAAGAUGCAGCUUGGUAUUCACGGCUAAGAUGGAGGCUGCAGUGAGAGACGGGGACAUCAGGAACGUGAUGUUAGCAAAGGACUCGGAUACUCUUCUUUUAAAACUGAAAAAGGGCGGAGAUGUCGCUAUCGAUGUCAGGGAUAUCUCGAUCGACGGUUUGGAGAUAUACGAUGGUGAGGGUCCGAGUGAGGAGGUUGUGAAUGAACGAAAAAAAAGAAAGAGGAAAGGCAGUUCGGUUAUGUCAACGGUCGGGAAGAUAUUUGAGGAAAAAGAACGUGCCGCCGCCUUAGCUGAAGAAAUAGAUAACCAGAGACCGAAACUGUUGAAGAAAGAAACUAGUAAGGAUGUUAGUAAAGCUAAAAUAGAAUGUAAACCACAGAGUUGGAGUGACUGUAGACCCGAUCCAGUAGACACGAUUAAAUUAGCUAGUUCCCAAGAGCUUAGUCCGUUGUUUGAGAGUAACGAUUGGUCGAACUGGGAGAGCACAAUGCUCCAUAAAGGGCAACCGAUCACGAACAAAAUGCCUUCUCCUUGCGUUCUUGACCCGUUACUAGUAGAUUUAGGAACGUCUUUGCCUGGAUUAAUUCAGGCACCUCUAGUUUUAGAGAGCACGGGUGGUCUUGAAGUAACGUCAGCCAUCAACCCGAUAACGCCUUUAAUUGCUGAACCCGACGAACAGCUCUUGAGCUGUAUAAAGAAACUUGACCCAUCAGAGCUCGAAAAAACUGCUGGGACGAAACAGAUAUUUGCAAGGGAUAAACAUAAUCUUAAUAUGUUACCGACAAUAGCGGAAAUUCCAGAGAUCAUUGAAAAAAUGAACGAAGGGACCCAUUCCACAGUAGGUAACCCCAAUUGUAAAGUAACCGGAUUAAAAUUAGACAUAAAAGCGGCUACUAAAUUCGUUGUUGGUAUGACUGUUAAUACACCUACAGGGGAUGUGUUUGUUCCCGGACAGACAGUCGAUACACCAAAUGGGGAGCAGUUCAUCCCUGGUAUUACUAUUAAGACUCCUGAGGGUGCACCUCAACUCAUUCCUGGCCAUAUCCUUCAGGUUGAUAAAGAUAAUAGUGGAGUUAAAACGCCUGUUUUUAUCGCUGGACAAGUAUUAAAUACGAGAGAGGGGGAGAAAUUUGUACCCGGCCAGAAAAUUGUUACUAAAGAUGGAGCAAAGUUCGUUCCUGGCCAGACAGUCAUGGCACCAGAUAGCCUAAAGUUUAUCCCCGGUCAAAUUGUUCCUGGAGAAACACCGCAAUUUGUUCCUGGUCUGACAGAACUCGAUUGUGAAGGUCAUAAAUUCGUCCCUGGGCAAAUGCACACGGACCAGUUCGGUAGAACAGUUUUCAUGCCUGGGCAAUCUGAACAGACGGAGGAGGGUUGGAAGUUCAUCCCUGGUCAAAGCAUAGUUACUCCCACAGGUGAUUUGAAAUUCGUUCCUGGUCAAACGAUCGAUUCCAAAGACGGGCCUACUUUCAUACCGGGCCAAACCGUUACCAAUAAAAAUGGAGAUGAUGCAUUUGUACCAGGUGUAGUUGUAGAAUCCGAAGAAGGUGCUAAAUUUCUUCCUGGAGCAACAAUAAAAACUCCUGAUGGGCCACAAUUUGUUGAAGGGCAACUAUUCAGAUCUGCCAGUGGUAAGAUACAUUUCAUUCCAGGAAAUACAGAAAUAACAGAUGAAGGAAAUUACGAGUUUGCAGCUGCUCGUUACGUCAGUGACAUCGUAUAUAGAGAUAGCAUGUCUUUGGGAAUAUCUCUUGAUAACGCGGCCAUCAAUACAAAUGAUAAGGCAGACACAGUUUACGGUCACAUAGUUCAGACGGGUCAAGGUGUGGAAUUCUUCCCAGGAGUAGCAUCAGGACUACCUGCUGGAAAAGUUGUGCCUGGAAGGCUGGUUAGAGGAAAAGAAGUUAAAUUUGUACCUGGCAUCAUAAUCGAUGACAAAUUUGUUCCUGGGCAAGUUGUAACUACAGAUAAAGGUGAACAGUUUGUCCCUGGCCAAGUUGUGGAAACAAAGGAUGGUCCAAAAUUCGUUCCAGGCCAAAUCGUCGAAAUGCGAUCUGGGCCUAAAUUUGUGCCUGGUCAGACAGUUGAAACUGCUGAAGGUCCUAAGUUUGUACCUGGCCAAAUCGUAGAUACAAAAGCAGGACCUACAUUUAUUCCCGGUCAAGUCAUAUCUACUGAUGACGAAGGUUCGCGGUUCGUUCCCGGACAAGUAGUUGAAACCAUAGAAGGACCAAGAUUCGUUCCUGGUAGAGUCAUUGAAACAGGUGACAAAGUUUCAUUUAUUCCUGGACAAGUUGUUGAAACCACAGAUGGAUUGAAAUUUGUUGCUCCUGAUCUAGAAAACGAUCCUGAGGGUGAUGUACAAUUUACAGUUCAAGGAUUUGAAAUAACUCCUGAAGAGCUAAAUUUACUUCGACCGCACAUUAGCUCGAAUUCUAUUUUUUCACCUGCAUCGGGAGAGACAGCUAUCGAUUCCAGAAUGAUGAAACAGCUAUCAGAAGCUGGAAUGGCUGUAGGAAGACAAGUUCCAGCGGAUGUACCAGUUGUAGAUGUGAGAACAGUUCCGGCCAUGGGAGUUGCUUGCUCUCUAAGAGAUCGACUUCCAGGCCAUAUUGAUCCAGUCACAACCAUCAAACUCAGCCAAAUCUUAGCAACUAUUGCUCAGUUUGACUGUUCAAUGCCAUUAAAUGGGGUCAACAUGGUUGACAAUGCGAGUGAAGCUAUUAUUUUAAAGUCAAUGUUGAAAGCUGCUGAUAUGGCAGAAAAUGAGCUCGGUCUAUACAGAAAUGUAUGUGCUGUUCUGGAGAAAGUUUUAUUAACAGAAGGUAAAAAUGAAGUAGUGCCCAUUGUUGAUAGCUUGCAUAAAUUUGUUAUGAAUUCGCCAGCUUUAGAUCCCAUGCGACCAAAGAAAAAGGUCAACCUAUUAAAAGAACUUGUUGUAGGAAAUAUUAGUAAUGAAGAAGAAAUUGUUGAAAAAUUGAGUUACAUUUUGAAUGACUCCGAUGAAUCCAUCAUUGAAGGCUUUAGAAACUUUAGCAAAGGACAUCCGGAUAUUAUAGGAAAAAUUGUUCAACGCAUGACAGAUAAACUAGACAAAAUAGAAACUGAAAAGGAUGCCUCUGAAUCGCUCCAAAAAGCAAUAAUAGAUGUUGUUAGAGAAUCAAGUGAAAUCAGUGUUCAAGACGUGUUACAUAACGCUUCAAAUGAAAAUGUAAAAAAUAUGUUCCUAGAAGCUAUUGGUCUUGCGCGCGCUAUGGGCAUGAGAGAUGUUGCCAACACUUUAUUAGGAGCCAUAGCAGAUCCAAAGAAGGCUGAACUUUUGGCAAACGAUAGAGUUACAUUUGAAAUUCUUAGAAGACUAACUGUCAUGAGACAUUUGGCAGAAAAAAGGCCGAAAUUUGGAACAGCACUUCUUCAACUUACGAUUGACCCAGAUGAAGCCAGAGCUGACCCCCUAGUGAGGGAAUUAGUGAGAGAAAGUGGUGCUCUUAUGAUCAUUCCUGAAGAAAACGUAAACAUACAAACUGCUGGAGAUGUCCCAAUGUCGCUGCUGACAUGUGACAACAGUUUAGCCAUGGAAGACUUCAUGUUGAAGAACAAGAAACACGGGAUCCUCGUGAUCGUCAAGCACGGGAUACAGUGUGUCAUCCCUCGGGAAGCAUCCAGGGCGGUUCUCACAGGGAAGGUUCCGUACACAGUACUGGACGAAAAAGGGAUGCAUACGUUCGCUCCACUUCAUGUCUUCUCCGCUCUCCACAUCCCCCAGAUGUACACCCAUCGCUUCUCCAUGUACUCUGUGACCACGGAGGAGGAAGCCCCCACCCUCGGAACCCUGACUCCUGCCACCAGCGUUGACGAUGUCACGAUGAUGGUGUCUACACCGCCCGCUCAGGAUGCAGGGUUAGAGGAGGGUGGGGAUGUGAUAUUCACAGCCAGCCAAGACUACCUGGCCAGCGACCUCGACUCCUUUAUCUCUGCACCGGGGUGAACAGGUGAUAGUGCUGGAAACUACCGGGGUCGAAGUGGACACUGCCAAGUAAGACCUCUUGGUUUACUCUUGGUUAUAUGAUCUCAGGGAACAAGUGUAAAUAACAAACGGUGCCUUGCAGCAUGGGUGUACAUAUUAAUACGGGGUCUAGGACACAGCUAGAAUUGGGUAGUCGAGCAUGUUAAGCUGGCAGGUUUUUUUAGAAUUUUUGUCUAGUCAAAGUUGUCGUAUUUGUCGAACAUUGAGUUCACCAGAAGUCUGUUUUUGUUGACGAGAUCGGGAAUUUUUAUAAGUUAGGUUUUAAUUGGACGGAGAAUUUAUUUUAACAAAUUAUAUUUUUUCCAUAAAAUAUAUCUUCUCUUUUUUAAAGAAUCAAGUUGAUUUCUAAAUGAUAUAGCCAAAUAAAUUAUUCUACUUUUUAUAAAUUGUUACUUUUAUAUCCGAUAUGUUUCAGCUCCAAUAUGUUUUAAUUGUAAAUAUUAAAAUAUAAAAUUGUUCGUAUAAACAAAAAUAAAAACUGGAAGAAUAUUGGAAGAACUUUAUUUUAUUAUAAUUGGAAGUAUUUACAAAAUAUUUGUCCUUAAAAAGUAACUUAAACCCUCAUUACCAUUGUAAAAUUUAUAAUCCCUUGUACGUUUUGUUACUUUUUACAACUACGGACUAAAGUUAAAGCUUCACACUUAGGUUCCGAAAAAAAAUUGUUUACAUGCGGGAACACGCGGGAUGAUUUGAAAACUAAUUUAUUAUAUCACUUGCAUGAUAUUCACGGCUUUAUUAUAUUUGAGAUAAUUGAGCCAUACCCAAAUAAAUUACACUAUUAUCUUUUAUAUGUUGUUUGGAUAAAGUUGUUUUUAAUAUGAAAAAAUAGAUUUGCCACAACAUUUGUUUCAUAGUAAAUAGUUAUUAGCAAUCACGAAUUAAAAUAUUGAUUUUGAAAAAUCCAUCAAAUAAUAUGUUAUAUACAAUUUUAUAUUUGUUAUAUUUUAUAUACACUAAGACUAAGUGACUAAGUGUUUUAUAAACUAGAUUUAUAGAGUAAGACCCCAACAUUUGAGUUUGUCAAAAAUCCAGUAAGUACAGUAGUUGAAAAGUUGAACUUUUAAUUGAAUAAAGUAGAUAUUUUUAAUACAUUCCAAAAAUACAAGACUUUUGGUGAACAUCGAUGAGUGGAUAAAUACAGUAAUGUAGGUCUACUUUGUAUAAAAUCGAGUUAUACUUUAGGUAUGUAAGCAGUAAGUUGUAGACAUGCUUACAUUAUAUUGUUACUUAGUGAUAGCUAAGAAUAGCUCAAGUUGAGAACGUUUAUCACUAGUUCCUUUAGUUGUAAUUUGUAUAGUUGCUAUUUACUUGUAACAUUUAUUGUAAGUAGCAAAAUAAUCAAUUUCUAAUUUUGUGUUUAAUUGUUGUUAGACUUCAAACACUCUUGUUUGUUCUUACAAAAUGUGUUCUUUGUUAUUUUUAUUUACAUUAUAUUUACUGUUCAUAAGAACAAGAAAACGGUGCUCUGCUAUUUAUAAUAGAUUAAUUUAAUUAAUAGCGUAUAUUGAAGUUGAAUUGUUCCAGGUAAUUAAAAUUAAAUUUGCCUUUUUAUAUGAAAAUCAUUUUUGUCUUUUCAUGAAAAAAGGCUUGAGAAUUAAUUUCAAAUUGCAAACUUCAACAAAAUAAAUUAAUUUACUUUGUGAUACAAAUUCUCUGUGACAUUUUAUAUGCGUUUUUGUAAAAAUAAAUUACACGUUUUUAUAUAUAUUUCUCAUGUACUCAUAUGUUUAAAAAAAAUAUUUUUGUCAUACAUUUUUAUUGUUAAAAUAUAGAUAUUUCCAUUAUAAUUUUUCACUAUUGAUAAUUUUACAUUUCAGGUUUAUUUCAAAAAAUAUUCUGUGGAAUAAAAAUAUUCAUUGCAUUUAAUUCUAUUCACUUCUUCAAACUAUCAGUCAAGUUAUAAUACUGUUAAUGUGUAUGUAUAGGUUGUGAAAUUUCUUAUUAAGUGACAUACUAUCUAUUUAUUUUCUUUUUUUGUUCUAUUUAUAACUUCCUGUUUAUUUUCAUGAUUAAAUAUUGUGAUCCUGUGGUAAUAUAUCUAAUAAUUGUAGUUAUAUUGUAUUUAAUAAUUGUUUCAAUAUACUGUUAAUUUCCUAA